AUGUGUCUACUGGGCUGCAGCGAGACGACAUUCAAGGAGGCGAGUAGCCGCAUCAUCGAGGGAUCCUGCUGGCCUUGUCGCAAGAGACGGGUGAAGUGUGAUUUGGGGAGACCGGCGUGCUCGCGGUGCAUGGGCAGUGGACAACAGUGCGUUUAUGGGUCGCAGCCCGUUCGAUGGGUUGGUGGGAGUUCCCUACGAGGCCGGCGGGCGGCGACGGCGUCCUACGGCCAUCAGCAUUCACCCGAACUUUCCCAUGUAGGCAAUACGAACGCCGAUCUUGUGUCUGGUCCAUCAUUCGACCACAGCCCUACGCGGUCUCUUAUUAAGACGCCGAAAAGAGAGCUCACUUUAUCACCCUCACCGUCCACGCCUGCCCUCGACGAUGCCGGCCUCGCCGGGUAUUUCCAGAAUGCAGUGUUACCGCGAUUCCAGUUGAGCGACGACCAACUGUCAGCCGACCUUACAAAGCUACUGAGCAAUCCGACUUUCCAAAGAGCCAUUUCAGCGGUCUCAAGGGCACACUACUCUCUGCUCUCGAAAGAAGACCCGCAAAGCACAGCCCUAGUCCGAAGCAGAACUCGACACGCCGCCAUAGCCAGCUUUCGCCAAAGUCUGCAAGAAGGAGCAUGUUCCCGCAAGACAGUUCAGGAGCUCUUCAGCAUCAAUGUCCUCCUCGGCAUCCUCGACGGGAUGAUCGAGCCCACCAAUGAUCCUGAUGCCGCUCGAUUCCAUCUCAACGGUGGUUUCGCCAUGCUCAAGCGCUGGACCAAGACGGCCGCCAAUAUGCUGACGGACGGCGGUCUGAAUGGACAUCUCAUCUCCGUCUUCGCCACGAUGGAUCUCGUACACGCUCUACUAAGCGGCGACAAACCCUUCUUCGAAUCAAACAUCUGGCCCAUGUUCGCCGGCGUGACAGCAUGGUUUGGUCGUCUCAAGCACGACGACCGCUUCUUGAUUCUACUCAAAGCCCACGCUGAGAUGGCCGCCCUCGGCAAUAUCAUCAAAACACAUCUCCCUGACGAAGAUGGCGUGAUCCUGGUCCAGAGGUGUCUCUCCCCGAUCGAAUCCAUGCUCCAACCACCCGCUUGCUCCCCACCUCCCUCUCUCGAUGUCCACCUCACCGAAUGGGCGCACUUCUGCUCCCUUUACGAAAUCGCCGGCAUCAUCUACUACCACCGCGCCCUGCGCAUGCGUCCCGUCGACGACGGAGACGUGCAGAUCGGUGUACGAGCCGGUGUCGCUAAAGUCGUCGGCGGUGUUCUCCCAGGCAUGCUCGCACACUGUACAAUCCUACCCAUGCUGGUCAUCGGAGCCCAUUGCAUCUACCCUCAGGACCGUCGGGCGAUCUCUCUGGCGCUGGAUCCGACGGUGUCGUAUCUUUCUUUUGGGAACUUGCCUGUUAUGUUGGAUUUCUUGAAGGUUACGUGGGAUAGGGGGAUGAUGCGUGCGACGUGGUGGGAUAUGUUUAAGGAUGUUGCGGAGAGGAUUUUUCUUUUCUGA